UAUUAAACCACUGUAGCUGUAAUAAUCGAUGCUAUAACUCUCUGCAGGACUUGGGUUGAAUUAAAAACAUUUAGACAAGAGUUUGUUUCAGCAAAAACCCACUGGUGUGAUGCAUUCGCUGUCUCGGGAGAUCCAAGGUUUCUCCAAGGACCGCCUGAAGAAACAGUGCACGAUCGUUACCACGGUGACCGGCAGGAGGCUGCUGGAGACGAGGGGUGAUGGAGGAGAGGGAGAGGAGCAGGUGAAGGAGCUGGAGGAGGAAGAUGGAUGUGGAUUUGUAGAAGAUAAAAGUCUGGACCUUCAAGUUGGCGUCGUCAGACCCUUCCUACUGCUGGCCUCUCAGGAUGCAGCCCACGACAUUGACACCCUGCAGAGAUUUAAGGUGUCUCAUGUGCUGAAUGUGGCCUACGGAGUCACCAACCUGUUCCCAGAUCAGCUGGUUUAUAAGACGCUCCAGAUCCUGGACCUCCCGGACACCGACAUCACUUCCUAUCUCGGGGAAUCCAGCUCCUUCAUAGAUCUGGCACGAGAAAAGGACGGUGUGGUGCUGGUCCACUGUAACGCUGGCGUAUCUCGCUCUACCUCCAUCGUCAUCGGCUACCUGAUGUUGAGGGAGGGGCUGUCGUUUGAUGAUGCGUACGGUCAGGUGAAGUUGGCGAGGCCUUCAAUCCGCCCAAACGCCGGCUUCUACAAACAACUACAGAGCUACAAACCUUAAAGCUGCAUUCAUUCAUUAUAUUUUGUCCACUUGGGAGCAGCAGAAACAAGCUGUGAAUACAACACAUAUAUCAUCAUCGUCGACCCUUUAAGAUUUAAACAUGUAAGCUCAAUAGUCAAUAGCUCAAUAGUCCUUUUAGCUCUGUUUUUGGUCUCCACCAUCUCCUGAUGGAAAUAUCUGGAUCUUUAGCAGCUAAAUGCUCCAAUAAGUUCACCAUCUAGUCUACAAAUGUGUCUGACUGUCGUUUGAUGCUGAGCAGGUAGCAUACAGUUUGUUUUUUAAGAGCUUUAUUUCACUGAAAACAGCUGAAGAGUGAACAAAAAUAGUAAAGCUGGCAGCUGUAAAACCGAAACAUUGAGCUAAAAGACGCUUAAAGGGGAGCUGCAGAUUUGGUGGUAAUUAUCUGUGGUUUUGUCACAGAUACUGUUAUCACAUUACACUUCAAUCAUUUGAUUGAUUAUUGCAAUUUUAACUUGAAAAGAGGCCAUAAAAGAUAAAAGAAACACCCACAAUUUAGUGUUGUGCCGAAAGCUGCUGGACUUUUCUCUUACCUGUGAUUCUAUUUUGAAAAUUGUCCGACAGUGGAACAAUCUUAUCAAAUUACAGCAGGAAGAUAUUUUAAUGCUUAAAUGUCUCGCUAAACAUUGUUUUAAAACACAGAAAUAAUGCGAUAAUGUGUUUGCUUAAAAACUAAAUAAAAGAGAAGGUCAAACUUCAUUGAGUGCCAAAUGUAUGUUCAAGCACUUGCCCAGUUUGUAGGCAUUGUGUGUCAUUUGUCUUAAAAUAGAGUUACUACAUGAAAAACUGUGAAGAAAGA